CAAAGCCGACUCUCUCUCCCAUAUCUCCUUUCCAGCAUCCGCGAAACAGUUCUACUUGCGAAGCGACCUCAAAAUCGAGUAUUUUCAGCGUGAGAGUGUUCUUGGUGAAAGUCCAGAGAGGAUUCGGGAAUGGCAGCUUCUAUGAAUGACUUGUAUUCUGGGACGGGAAUUGUUCUCGUUAAUAAUUGAAGGAUACUGCGAUUUCAUCCAGGCGACGAUACGCCGGUUUGAAUUGCCUUUAGCUUUGCAGCCCUCGAGCGUGGCGACGGAAAAACUGAGCGUCUAUGACGAAGAUAGUUUCAUGCGGCGUUUUCGCACAACCGUGCAAUCAACUGGAACUAUUGCUGAGCAGGUGAUGACUGUCUGUCAUGUUCUCUUUUCUUUCAUCGGCUUCGAAACCAGAGGUGAAAGGCUUGAUGUAGGCAACGAAUCGCGAACCAUGUUCUACCACAUAUCGAACUUUCCUGACCUCGAAUUCGAGUUACGCGUAGAGGCUGUUCACCGCACAGAGCCAGACUCGCCGAACAUGAUGGUAAUAUUGCAGUGGAGACGGCCUAACGAAAAUUGGCAACUAAGCGGCUUCUGGUCAUUUUGCUUCGAGAACUUUUUCCGCACCGACGUAGUGCUCCCUUCAAAUUUUGAAGAGAUAGAAGACAGUGAAUUCCUCAACACAGCUCGGUAUGCGGAAUUCAGGGAUUCGAUGCAGGUUGUUGUCCCCUGUGGAACAGAAUACGAGAAAACUUCCCUGGUACAGAUACAGAAGCACUAAAGGAGUCACUCAAAUUGAUCGAGGAAGCCAAAACGCUAAUGUCGAAUACGCUUGGAAUAAAGGAAGAAUUAGAAAGCGGCAAGAUGAAA